AGAUAAGUUUGUAUUAAAGUCCACAGAUAGGUCUACUCUUAAACAUACUUUGCUUAAGGUGUAUUACACGAAUUAAUUGCCACUCUGUUCAAAUAUUCCAGGCAUUAAUAAAGAAUGAAAGCAGUUAUACUUGUCCUGUCCAUUUUAUAUGCUUCAUUAUAUACUACUCUUGGAAGCUAUAAAACUUAUAAUGCGUACGAUGUUUGUACUUCACCCGGAGCAAAAGCAGAAUAUAAGUUAGGAGAUUAUGGAGACAAUACUGCAGUAAAGUUGGAAGCGAGUAAAUCGUCGAAGAAAAAGGAAUUGUAUAGUUGUAACAUAAGUUUUAAUACUUCCACUCCACAGCAGAAACUUGCAGUUGCCAUUAGAAAAGUAAAGUUUCCUGGAAGAUGUGACAACUAUUUCGUAAACGUUUAUGACGUAGGAAAGUUUGUUAUAGGAAAGUUAUGUAAUAGCGUAAAUGAUAACGAUGAACGUCAAACUAUGUUUACGAAGGGUCCAUCAAUUCGUUUCGAAUUUUCAGAGUUUAAAUCUUCUGAUGUAAAACUGGAACUUAUUAUAACGUCUUAUUCGGGUAAGUUUUAUUGCAUAUUAAUAUUCAUUUAAAUAAUUUAUAAAAAU